UGAGUAAUCUUGAGAAGCUAAAAGUUAUGGGCUCUUACACUCGUCCUUUACACCUCCCUCCACAGGCCAAUAAUUUCCCACAAAACCUUCAGAAGUUGACAUUUGUGAGAACUCGUAUACCAUGGGAAGCCAUGAGUAUUAUUAGUAAGCUGCCCCAUCUGGAGGUGCUUAAACUCAAAAACUUUGCGUGUGUGGGAGAAGAGUGGGAACUAAUUGGAGAAGGUGACUUCCCAAAGUUAAAAGUUUUGCUCAUUUCUCUUACAAAUUUGAAGGAAUGGAAGGCAAAUGUUGACUCUCCUUUCCCAAAACUCCAACGCUUACUCUUAAGAAAUUGCUUUGAGUUGAAAGAGAUGCCAGAGUGGAUUGAAGGUAUCUGCAACACACUCCAGUUAAUUAAGUUGGAGUAUUGCUACGCUUCCCUUGUGGCUUCUGCUAAGAGGAUUAAAGAAGAGCAACUUGACAACUACGGAAAUGAUAUGUUAGAUGUAAUUGACUCCAAUACUCCACAAGAUGAGGACCAUGCUAAAGAAGAAGAUCGUUCCAACGAACAGACGACCUGUGAAGUUGAAAGCGUCUGCCAUGGUUUGACAAGCCUUUGGUUUGAAGCAAAGGAGCUAAGGAUCACCUGGGGUCAUGAUCCUACGUAUUGGAUUUGGACAUCUGACUUCGGCACCGAGCAUGAGGUUGCGAAGCUGGAGAAAGUUAGCGCAUUCGAUAUCGGAUUAUCGUUUGACAUUCGGUGCUUAUAUAAGAUGAGUUGUUACUCUGCCUAUCUUGUGUUCAAGCUUGAAGAGAGUGGAAACUUUCAAGAUGUUUAUACAGCAUUGGCAGCUGUGAGAUAUGAGAAGGACAACGCCAGAUACGGCUGGAUGCAUAAACAGAAUUGGCACACUGAUACAUAUGAAUAUCCUGAUCCGGAGAAGAUGGAAAGUGUAAGAGUGGAGGGAGGAAAUCAUAAUAUUAUUACGGUCUUUCUAGCAAAGACAAAGUCUUAUGGAGAUUGCGGUCAGUUUCCCAAUAGUCGUUCUGAUGGGUGGAUGGAAAUCAAGCUCGGAGACUUUUACGUUUGUAAUGGGAAUGAGGGUGAGGUUCAAUUACGACUGUGGCAUACAUCAAAUCAGUAUUGGAAGUCUGGUUUUGUUGUUAGGGGCGUUGAAAUUCGGCCAGCAAACUAAGGAUUGUUUUUUGCAUUUUUAUUUCGGUUUGUUUUAGUCUAUGUGUGUUGUAAUAUAUACUUGUGUUGAUGCUCUAAGUGGCUGUGAUGUAUUUUUACAAUUUAUGAAAUGAAUUCCAGAA